CAGGACACGGUCCACACGGGACACAUGACGCGCAGCCCUCGGCGCACCUCUGCAGGGACAGUGCGGACCGACGCCUCCCUCUGCCUCUCCCUCUCCGGCAUGAAGCGCCUCACCUCCGCACCCUGGGCUGCCCUGGCCCUCGGCCUGGUCUUUGCCUCCUUCCACUUGGCUUGCUUGGCAGAAACGAGGAACAGCGACAACUCAACCUUGACCACCCAGCACCCAGAUCCUGGAAGCCUGGAGCAGUGCCCCAACGUGGACUUCUGCCCCCAGGCGGCUCGGUGCUGCCACACCGGCGUGGACGAGUACGGCUGGAUCGCGGCGGCCGUGGGCUGGAGCCUGUGGUUCCUCACCCUCAUCCUGCUCUGCGUGGACAAACUGAUGAAGCUCACGCCGGACGAGCCCAAGGAUUUGCAAGCGUGAGGCUUAGACCCUGAGCCCCGAGCACGUGGGUCGCCACCCAACUGCGGGUCACUGCGCGGGAGGGGGGGAGGGGUGCAGCUCCAGGCGUUGUCACCUGCGCGCUGCGGUGACUUCCACAAGAGAAGGAAGAAGGAAAGGGGGAUCCGAGGAAGAAAGGCCAGUGCUGCCCCCCACCGAAAUGCACAAGGCGUUCGUGCGUGCAGAGCUGUCUGGAUCCCUCACCUCUCCCCAGGGCUCCCGCCCGCGGUCCGCGCGACGUGACUUUGACUUUUGUCCGCACGUUCUUCGGAGCUAAGCUCAGAACCUUCUCACCCCAAACAGGCCAUCGUGUUCCGUCUCUCGUCUCAUUCAGGGGCAUCCCUGCCCUUCCAAAAUGUAGGACUCGCCUUUGACCGGCCGAGCGUCCUCCUCCCGCCCCACCCCCUCGUGCAUUGCUUCUCCGGCUCUUGCUCUUUCUUCAACCUUGUCCUCCACGGCGGUCCUGCCCCACCGUCCCCGCCGGCAGCCCGGCUCUGGCCUUCCUACAUCACCCCUGCCUUGCCUCAGGCCUUUUCGGUUCUGUCCUCACCACGGUCCAGCACGUCCUCCCCACGAGAUCCUCCCCAAGGGCCCUCCCCACGGGGUCCUCCCCAGGGCCGCUGUCAGUGCGCUGCUGUCUCCCCCUGCGGAUGACCUUCUGUGAAGCCUCACCCCCGAACCUCUCACAGGGCUGGCCUUCCACUCUCCUUCCCAGGUCUGUCUCCCCGCGCCUCUGGGACCAGGCCUCCAGGGACCCUGUCCUUGUCCCAACAUCUCCCACUUCCUGCUGCCAGGCCCUCCUUCUCCAGAUGGAAGCGCAGGCCUCAAAGUCCAGCCCAAAUGCUUUCUCUGGUAGCCUUGGGGGACCCAGAGCUGGUGUUCUGGGUGGGGGGUGGGGGCAUCUGCUCCGCCCUGAAGUGCAGUCCUCGUGAAUAUACAGUCAGUGGAUACUCCGUCCUGCUCCUGGGGCAAGUUCCUCCUAAUGUCUGUCCCACCAACGAAUGGUGAAUGAAUGAACAAACCAAUGAGCAGGUCCUGGCCUGAGAUGAAAUUAUGACACUCAUUCCGUGUAGAGAACUUCACUUUUCUAGAAAGGGUUGAAAUAACCCAUCUCCACGGAAGCCAGCUGGUUUGCUUCCCGCUUACCCCGCACAAGGAUGUUACUGGUCGCUGGGAACAUGGGGGGAGGGGAGUGUGGGUCAGAGGACAGGAGAGCGGGUUCAUCAGAAGGAAGGAAGAACAAAAUGACUCUUAUUAUGAGACACGGCGGCCCUGUGUGGCGACACGUGUAUUUAGUCUGAACCACCAAAUAAUUAUGCACAAGAAAGUGAGGGGCCCCUGAAGAAGCAUUUCCUAGGUUCUUUCAGAAAAUCUAAGUUGAUUUCCCCGACGGUGGGAACUGAAGGAAUUUUGCCUGGCUUAGUCUGCUCCUUUCUGACUCUCCAUGGUUUAAUCAAUAAAAUGGAUGGCUUUACUGUGCCCCUGCGCUAAGUGAUGGCGUGAACAAGUGUCUGCGUGACGCCCCGUGCGAUGUUAUGAACACACACGAGCAGGUUCUCCUUUUUUAGCUGUUUGAGAAGAGUUUCCACAGGAUGUGAUGGUUGAAAUCCUUAGAGAUGGAAAGACUCAGUAAGGACCCCCUGGGAUUUAACAUCUGCAAGCACUUUUGAAAUAAAACAGCGUGACCUCGUGGUGAGAACAUGACCUUCGAAAAGCAACAGAAGAGAAGGGAAAUGGAGGUUGAUGGCUGGCCAAUGUGAACAAAAAUGAGUCACUUCACCUUGGGGAAUGUCAGCUUCCUAAGUAGAGAAUGCAGGAAUCGGACACAGCCAUGAUUACAGACUCGGUUGCCAAAGCCUGGAGGGCUAGCUGGGGGUGCCGUGUGGAAGGGGUGGGCGUGAGGCUGGUCCUUGCCACCAACGCAGCAUGGCUCUUACCUCCUCUAGAUACCAGACCUCCCCAAUAAUUUCAUUUGCUCCUUCAUUAUUAUUAUUAUUAUUAUUAUUAUUGGG